CUCUUCGUAAGACUACACAAAAACAACAACACUAGCAGAAAACAGUCAAAUUUAAUUUGCCAUUUCCCCUGUGUGAAGCUUUUAAAAGAAAAAAAAAAAAAAUGGUGGAAUCAAAUGGAAAUUUAGAAAAUCAUGUCCAAAUUCCAAAAAUUAAGUUCACCAAGCUCUUUAUCAAUGGAGAAUUCGUCGAUUCCGUUUCAGGAAAUACGUUCGAGACGAUAGAUCCAAGAAAUGGGGAGAUAAUUGCAAGAAUUAGUGAAGGUGACAAAGAGGAUAUUAAUUUGGCUGUCAAAGCUGCUCGUGAAGCUUUCGAUAAUGGCCCUUGGCCUCGUUUAGCACCUUCGGAGAGGAGAAGGAUAAUGCUGAAGUUCGCGGACUUAAUCGUAGAAAAUGCAGAGGAAAUUGCAGCAUUGGAUGCAAUGGAUGCAGGAAAGUUAUUUGCUCCUUUAAAGAACAUGGAAAUCCCGUCAGCAGCAGAAACUAUUCGUUAUUAUGCUGGUGCAGCCGAUAAAAUUCAUGGGACGACUCUUAAAAUGUCACGCGAGAUACAAGGGUACACUUUGCUCGAGCCAAUUGGUGUUGUCGGACACAUUAUUCCUUGGAAUUUCCCGACACAGAUGUUUACUCUGAAGGUUGGCCCUGCGCUAGCAGCCGGUUGUACUAUGAUUGUCAAACCUGCUGAACAAACUCCUCUUUCCGCUCUAUACUACGCUCACUUGGCUAAGCAGGCAGGUGUUCCCGAUGGAGUGAUCAAUGUCGUAACAGGAUUUGGAUCUACUGCUGGUGCUGCACUUUGCUCGCAUAUGCACGUAGACAAGAUAAGCUUCACAGGCUCGACAGAAGUUGGACGACUAGUAAUGCAGGCUGCAGCGUUAAGCAAUUUAAAACCUGUCUCGCUAGAGCUGGGAGGGAAGUCGCCUUUUAUAGUAUUCGAUGAUGUAGAUGUUGACAAAGUUGCACCACUUGCUCUUAUCGGAAUCCUAUACAACAAGGGAGAAAUUUGUGUGGCUGGAUCUCGUCUUUUCAUCCAAGAAGGAAUUUACGAUAAAUUUGUCAAGAAAUUGGAAGCGAUGGCAAAAACAUGGGUUGUUGGCGAUCCUUUUGAUCCAAAUUCUCAUCAAGGACCUCAAGUUGAUAAAAAACAGUUCGAGAGAGUACUUUCAUACAUUGAACAUGGCAAGAAGGAGGGAGCGAAAUUGCUAACCGGAGGCAAGGCAUUGGAUAGGAAAGGUUAUUUCAUCGAGCCAACCAUAUUCAUUGAUGUUGAAGACGAUAUGAAAAUUGCAAAAGAAGAAAUAUUUGGACCUGUUUUAUCAGUAAUGAAGUUCAAGACGGUAGAGGAGGUGAUCAAGAGAGCUAACUGUACAAAUUAUACUAGCAGCAGGUGUAAUGACCAAUGACUUGAACAUUGCUACACAGUUUCAAGAUCGAUACGUGCUGGUGUCAUCUGGAUAAACUGUUACUUUGCUUUCGAUGCGGAUUGUCCGUAUGGAGGAUACAAAAGCAGUGGAUUUGAAAGAGAUUUGGGAAUGGAAGGACUUCAUAAGUAUCUUCAAGUUAAAUCUGUAGCUACUCCUAUUUACAACUCUCCUUGGCUGUAAAUUUGCAGAAAACAAAGUGCCAACAUAUUAGAUUUUUAUUACUAUUGCCAUAGUAUUCUCAUGUUAUA